AUGUCUGGCUCUGGCUCUGGCUUUGGCUCUGGCUUUGGCUCUGGAUCUGGCUUUGGCUCUGGAUCUGGCUUUGGCUCUGGCUCUGGCUUUGGCUCUGGCUCUGGCUUUGGUUCUGGCUCUGGCUUUGGUUCUGGUUCUGGUUCUGGCGGAGGCUCAGGCGGCAGCGCGCCCACCGAUAACAAUGGAUCGGGUGCUGGCAGUGUCAGCUGCUAUACAGCUGGUUUCACGUCUGUGCCCGGAAGCGUGUAUGCCUCCACGACAGUCACUGAUAGCUAUAUUACAACCGAAGUAACGAGCUAUCAGACCUUAGCGAGCAGUACAACCACCUCUUCGCUGUCUACGAUUUACGUAACCAGCUGCUCACCUUUGCCAACAUCAAUCACAACUUCGACUUCGACGACCGAUGCGCCAGUAGGAACGCCGACAGGCAGUGGUGGCUCUGGCUUUUCUGGCUCGGGUGGCUCUGGUGGCUCUGGUUUACUCAACUCUGGGAAUGGCUCGGGCGGCCUGGGGAGUACGCACGCUUGCUGUCAGUCGAGCGACGAUCCCGCGUACUGCAAUGCCAAUUACUACCAAUAUGGCUGUCCGCCAGCCUUCAAGAAGCGAAGCUCGAUCUCGCCUAGCUGCAAUGAGAAAUGCUGCACAGCUAAUGGCCACGCAUCUGGCUGUUCCACGGAUUCUACACAAUGUGGCGCUUGCACAUCAAGACGUGAUAAUGAUGUUCGUGACCCCAGUAAGACUAACAAACGUGUCAAGCGAAAUUAUAUCGAUCCUGUACGCCGGCGACUCAAGUAUCGCAGACAAUUGUUCAACGCUGCAGAGGAUGCGAGCCCCACGCCGACAGCAUGCGACGCAUCAAGCGAGAGUGCCAUCGUCUCGAGCAGCGUCACCACAGUGUACAUCACGAGCGACACCAGCACGAUCUUAACAACCUCCUAUGUGUCGACGAGUACUCUCGAGUCGCCUGAGACGUUGUACAGCACAGAGAUGACCCUAUCGCCUCUCACGCAAUGUGUGACCAUUCCGCCGACAACAUCGAGCACAUUCACUACCACGAGUAGCUCGACAACCUCUUCGUCAAGUACGUCAACAUCCACCGAACCCACGUCUACCUCGAGUACUACAAGCAGCACGACAUCCUCGAGCACGAUUACCAGCCCAACAUCAAGUACGGACAUUAGCAGCUCGACUUCAACUACUGCUCCGUCAAGCCCAACUUCCAGUACAGAUACGAGCAGUUCGACAUCGACCACUGCUACUACCAGCGCGACAUCCAGCACAGAGACAAGCAGCUCGACAACCUCGAGCAGCGGUAGUAGCAGUCUAAGCUCGACAACGAUAACGACAAGCUCUGAUGCAGUCGUCUCACCGUCUUCAACAAUUACUAGCUCGACGCCUGCUCCCGUCAUUAUCGUGCAGCCUACCGGCCCGGCGAGUGCACCGCCAGUCACACUCGUCCCAAAUGGACCGUCUCUCAAUCCAGUGCCUACGCCCGAGCCUGAUCCAGCGCCUCAACCGCAGCCAGAGCCUGACCCCGACCCAGCUCUAGCGCCUCAACCGCAGCCGCAGCCAGAGCCUGACCCCAACCUCGCGCCUGGGACCGUGCCAGCGCAAACGGACCCGAAUCCUGCGCCAGAUCCUAACGCAGCGCCAGUGACCGAUCAGAUAUCACAACCAGAUCCAGCACCAAACGCGGAGGCAGAUCCGCCUGUUGCGCCAGAGAAUGCGCCACAGCAGGUCGCGCCCGCUGAUAAUGUGCCCAACCAGCCUAUAGCCCCGGAGACAUUCUCCGCAAUCCAGCCAAUCCUCACCCCCGGUGUGCCCAUAACGUUGACAGCCACAGCAGCCAACGGCGAUGUGACCUCCUUUGUAGUGUCACUCAGUGGCGACAAUACACAAUAUAUCCCUUUUUACACGCCGAACAGUCAGCCGUCCGGUGUCAAGAUCGCGCCGGCAGGGGUGAAUUCGGGUAUCCCGCUGACGAAUGCGGCGACCCCGUCGAGCAACGAUCAUCUGGCGGCUAAAGUUGCCGCGCCCACCGUCAUCGGCAUUGCAGCAGCGACAGCUCUUGUUGGCUUCUUACUGUACAAGGGCAUCAUCAAGCUGCCGUUCUUCAAGUCGCUUUUCGGCGGUCAGUCGCAUACUUUGCUCAUGUCACAGCACGCCGGAGCACACGCGAGCAGCAACCCAUUCCAUGCCAUGGUCGGCGGCCAAGUGACGACCCAUGCGCUAGCCAAGAAGGCGCCUCACAAUUAUCAGAGACCGUCCAUCGAUUUCGACAAGGCACCCACUCAGAUUUGCGCAAGCUUUUUGGCCGACUACUCGGCAGAGUAUUCUGCCGAAGAUUGGGACAAAGAGAUGGCGAAAGCGCACACCACUGGAUUCGACGCCUUUGCCAUUUGCGUCGACACGCUCGAUCAGCUCGAGUCUCUUUAUCUCGCUGUUGAAGCUGCAGAGCGACAUGGCAAGUUUAAGUUCUACCUGUCCCUCGGUCCAGAGGUCAUGAGACACCGAGAGCCAAUUUUGCAGCUACUGGACAAGAUGAUUAGCACAGAGACAGUACUGAUACACAAGUCAUAUCGCCAUGGGGAUCGUCCAAUGGUCGCGACAAGGCCACCAGCGACAGAAGCUGCUAAUGCUUGCAAGCUGAUGGGGGAGCGCAUCGAGGCACUCGACCGAAGCGCAAUUGCGCGUCAGAUGCAACUGCACUUUAUACAUCCUCAUCCUUUCAAUGCUCGCAAGAUCGACAAGGCAGUCAGCAAGCACUACCAGCAAGCCAACGCUAUCUCGAACAUCAUCCAAAAGGCGAACAACUUAUACGGCAUGUCCUCGGGCAACAAUUUGACUCUGAUGCUCGAUCUGAUCGGCAAGAGCGCUCCAGCACUUCCGGGUUCGGAUGCUUUCGGACACGUGGCUUUCGCUGUUGACUUCCUUGUUGGCCUCGGCAAAGAUUUCAUGCUGCCCAUCUCGAUGAUGGAGCUCUCCCACGGCGAGGAUCCUGACAACAAUUUGCACGGUCCAGAGACGUACCUGAAGUCCUGGGAUGCCGCAAAACAACUCGGACCUUCUUUCGUCUUGCUAGACUCUUGGAACGACUACCACGCAUCGAAGUACCUUGCGCCUGCGCCUGAACACAUCAUAGCUCGUCAUCCGCAUAUUGGCCACCACACUGUUGACGAGAGCUUGGUCAACAUGACAUCUUGGUUCAUCGCCAACUUCAGAGAGGAAUCCGAGAAGGAGGAGAAGAAAGACAAAGCGCACGAUGUCGUCGUCGUGGGCUAUCGCACGCGACCGAAGGACAAGCUCGUCUCCGAGCUCAACAACAGUCAGACCAGGCAUGAAGUCGAGGAAACGCCGUCAGACGCCUGGCUCGAUCAAGUCUUUGUCAUCUCGCGACUCGAACAGUCUGACUGCUCCCUCAUGAUCGAAGCCGAAGGUCAAGACGUCGUGCACCGCCCGUUGAGCGCUGCUUUCGGAAAGCAAACAAUCUCAGUCUGCACGAGUAAGGCCGUAUCAGUCUCGCUGGUUUCAAAGGGCGCAAUGAUUGCUAGCGGCGGACUCGGACCUACACUGGCUCAUCACAGCGCAAGUGAGAAGUACCACUGGCAGUUUGAAUGCUUCACGACUCGCCAGGAUGACAGCGGUCAUGACAUCUUGGAGUCACAUGUCAUGUCCGACCCAUACGAAAACGAUGAGACCUCUGAUCUCAUCAGACUAGACGAAUAG